CCCCCAGUGCCCAUCCCCUGGCGCAUCCGCUUCAGCCCAGCCCUGGGGCGCCCUGGCCAACGGGGCUUUAGCAGAAGUGAAGUGUUCUACGGGGCCGGGGAAGAGACUUAACCGGUCCCCAAAGCGCAGCGGGCGCCUGUGAUCCGCGGGAACAGCGCGUGACUAGUCUCACCUCAGCGUGCAGGAGCUCGGAGCCUGGCUCGUGUUUUCCCUGUCGGAGGGAAGUUGGGGUGGGGGAGGGGGACGAAGGGAGCCGACUCCUUCCCCUACGGAGGGCAGAGAGCAGCUCCCACGACUGAAGCCUCCCGCGCCCCGGAGGCUGCUGCUGUUUGCAGGCGGACCUGUCUGUGGAAGCCGCCAGUGUCCGUCAACCCCGACGGACAAAGUCCCCCCCCCGCGCCUCGGCCAGCCUUGGAAAGCCCCUCCCUCGCCCCCUCCUCCCCUGCCACCUCCCGCAGCCCGUCAGUCUGAGCCGAGCGCGGCUCCGAGAGCGACAACGGCGGCGGCGGCAUCCGCACGGCAACGGCGGGGAGAGCGAGCGCCCCUCUCCCUCCCUGCUUCCCCCACCCCCGCCUCCCUCCCUCUUCCUCCUCCUCCUCCUCGCUCCCCUCAGCCUCGCUGCCUCUCACUCGCCCGAGCUCCCUCCCGGUCCCUCGCUCGCCCUCUCCCCUCUCAUUUGACUGCGCCUCGCGAGGCGUCCAGUGGCUCCUCCAUGAGCCCCGCCGCCUGAUCUGUCACCCCAGCCCGCAGCCCUCUCCUCCCGCACCUGGAGCCAGGCAGGAGCAGCGGCAGCAUGUCCCGCAGGAAACAGAGCAAACCCAGGCAGAUCAAACCAUUACAAAUGGUGGUCAGAAGCAAAUUUUUACAGACCAUACACACUUGCAGAUUGGAAGUUUUCACUGUCAAGAAAGAAGAACAUUGGAGUUCAGGGCCCCUUGAAGAUGCCAUUGACGAUGAAGAGGAAGAGUGCCUGUCUGAAGAAAAUGACAUUAUCUCAAAAGAAGACUUUCCACUGGAGGAAAGCUUUUCUGCAGAGUUUGAGCCUGAGAAUUUGAGUUGUGAAGAAGUGGAAUACUUUUGUAAUAAAGGUGAUGAAGAGGGCAGCCAGGAAACAGCAGAAUCAGAUGGUGAUGCACAAUCAGAGAAACCAGUACAGCUCAUUGUGGAGACAGAUGACUGGGAUGGGCCAGGAGAGUUGGAGAUGUUCCAGAAGGAUGGGGAGCGCAAGAUUCAGAGUCGGCAGCAGCUUCCGGUUGGAACAACAUGGGGGCCUUUUGCUGGGAAGAUGGGUCUGAAUAAUAACACCUUGGUAUGUAGAUGCCCAAAGACAAAGGCUCCAGUCCCUAUGGUGCUGACUGCUGGCCCCAAGUGGUUGCUGGAUGUGACUUGGCAAGGAGUAGAAGACAACAAAAACAACUGCAUCGUGUACAGCAAAGGUGGCCAACUUUGGUGUACCACAACUAAGACCAUCUCUGAGGGUGAAGAGCUAAUUGCCUUUGUUGUGGAUUUUGACUCAAGGCUGCAAGCUGCCAGUCAGAUGACUCUUACAGAAGGGAUGUAUCCUGCACGUCUGCUGGACUCAAUACAACUGCUCCCUCAACAAGCUGCUAUGGCAUCUAUUUUGCCUACAGCUAUUGUCAACAAAGAUAUAUUCCCUUGCAAAUCCUGUGGCAUUUGGUAUCGAAGUGAGCGGAAUUUGCAGGCCCAUCUCAUGUACUACUGCAGUGGGAGGCAAAGAGAGGGAGCUCAGCUGUCAGAGGAGAAUGAAGAUAGUGCUCAUCAGAUAUCCAGUGUCUGCCCCUUUCCACAGUGCACCAAAAGUUUUUCUAAUGCAAGAGCUCUGGAAAUGCACCUAAAUUCUCACAGUGGAGUGAAAAUGGAAGAAUUUUUCCCGCCUGGUGCUAGUCUGAAAUGCACAGUUUGUAACUACACUGCAGACUCAGUGAUUAACUUUCAUCAGCACCUGUUUUCACAUCUCACUCAAGCUGCCUUUAGAUGCAAUCACUGCCAUUUUGGCUUCCAAACUCAGAGGGAGCUAUUGCAGCACCAAGAUCUACAUGUCUCUGGCAACAAGCUGCAGAGAGAAAGUGACACUGAGCACUCUCCGGGUGGUACUGAUGAAGCUUUACAGCCAGCAACAGACCUUUUGAACAGAAAUGAAGUUCCCCAGAGUCAAAAGACCAUGCAGACUAAGGAUGCAAGUUCAGACACUGAGCUUGACAAAUGUGAAAAAAAGACUUCACUUUUCCUGCCAGCCCAGAGGCCAGAAACACAGCCUGCAACAAAUAAACAAAGUUUUUCAUACACUAAAAUAAAAUCUGAACCAUCUAGCCCGAGACUUGCCUCCUCCCCAGUUCAGCCUAAUAUUGGCCCUUCUUUCUCUAUGGGACCUUUUCUCUCUCAGUUUGCUUUUCCCCAGGACAUCACAGUCGUUCCUCAGGCUUCAGAGAUCUUAGCCAAAAUGUCUGAACUGGUCCAUCGAAGACUGAGGCAUGGCAGUAGUAGUUAUCCUCCUGUAAUUUACAGUCCAUUGAUGCCAAAAGGGGCUACUUGCUUUGAGUGUAACAUAACAUUCAACAAUUUGGACAACUACUUGGUACAUAAAAAGCAUUACUGCAGCAGCCGAUGGCAGCAGAUGGCAAAGUCACCAGAUUUUUCCAGCAUUUCUGAAAAAAUACCUGAGGCUGUAAGUCCCAAUAAUGGCCAAAGUUCUAUAAACAUUCUGAAUACUGCUCCUCACACUUCCGAUGCAGAGAAUCAACUUCUUCAGACGUCUUGCAUCAACUCCUCCACUGUCUUAGAUUUGAUUGGGCCAAACAGUAAAGGUCAUGAAAAAGACUUUUCGGCACAGGCUAAGAAGCUCUCAGCUGCAACCAGCAAUGAUGAGAAAAUGAAUGGAAAACCUGCUGAUGUGAAGAACCCCAAUGCUCCUUUAGUAGAAGGAGAAAGUGAUCCCAACAAAACCACAUGUGAAGCUUGCAAUAUUACUUUCAGCAGACAUGAAACAUACAUGGUCCACAAACAGUAUUAUUGUGCCACACGCCAUGAUCCUCCACUGAAGAGAUCUGCUUCCAGCAAACUGCCUGCUAUGCAGAGAACAAUGCGUACACGUAAACGAAGAAAGAUGUAUGAGAUGUGCCUACCAGAGCAGGAGCAAAGGCCACAGCUGGUUCAACAACGGUUUCUUGAAGUGGCUAAUCUUGGCAACCCUUGCACAUCCACUCAAGAAUCAACAGAAGGUCUUGGAGAAUGUUACCAUCCUCGGUGUGAUAUCUUUCCAGGAAUAGUCUCAAAGCAUCUAGAAACUUCAUUGUCUAUUAACAAAUGUAUUCCAGUUUCAAAGUGUGACACUCCACACUCCACAGUUUCUUGCUUGGAGAUGGAUGUACCCAUAGAUCUCAGCAAAAAAUGUUUAUCACAGUCAGACAGGACAUCCACCUCUCCAAAAAGGCUGCUAGACUACCAUGAGUGCACAGUUUGCAAGAUCAGUUUUAACAAGGUAGAGAACUAUCUUGCCCAUAAGCAAAAUUUUUGCCCUGUCACUGCACAUCAGCGUAAUGACAUGGGACAGCUUGAGAGCAAAGUAUUUCAAAACCCAGAAAGUGAACGAAACAGCCCUGAUGUCAGUUAUGAAAGAAGCAUAAUCAAAUGCGAGAAAAAUGGAAACUCAAAACAGUCUUCUCCCAAUGGAAACUUGUUUUCUACACACUUAGCAACUCUUCAAGGACUUAAAGUCUUUAGUGAAGCAGCUCAGCUUAUUGCCACAAAAGAAGAAAACAAACAUUUGUUUCUUCCACAAUGCCUUUACCCUGGAGCAAUAAAGAAAGCUAAAGGAGCAGAUCAGCUUUCUCCAUAUUAUGGAAUAAAGCCAAGCGAUUACAUUUCUGGUUCUCUUGUCAUUCAUAACACUGAUUUAGAUCAAAGCACAAAUACAGAAGGUGAAUCUCCUAAAGGCCAGAUACCUUCAAACGGGUGUGCUGUGCAGAAGAAAGAGUCUCUUCCAUUAUUGCCAAAAAACAGAGGCAUGGUAAUAGUUAACGGUGGACUAAAACAGGAAGAAAGGCCUGCAACAAACCAACAACAAGAGAACAUUUCCCAGAAUCCUCAACAUGAAGAUGGGCACAAGUCUCCCUCUUGGAUUUCUGAGAAUCCGUUAGCUGCAAACGAAAAUGUCUCUCCAGCUAUUCCUGCAGCGGAGGAACAGUUGUCUAGUAUAGCAAAAGGUGUGAAUGGUUCCACCCAAGCCCCAACCAGUGGGAAAUAUUGCCGACUGUGUGACAUCCAGUUCAACAACCUUUCAAACUUUAUAACUCACAAGAAGUUUUAUUGCUCGUCACAUGCAGCGGAACAUGUCAAAUGAAACAAUCGGUCACCUUUGGUACCUGUGUUUAGUAUAUUGUUCCAUACAGUCUAAAGAAAGCUGUUUGAAUUACAUCUGGACAAUCAGGAGAUAAUUCAUUAUUGCUGAGUUGAAGACUUCAAGGUGUAAUUUCAUUACAGUCCAUUAGUAAAGUGUAUUAUUGGUGCCAUUUUCAAAAAUAUUAAUUUAUUUUACCAGCAGUAUUCAUAGCUGUAGUUAUGUUAUUUUUUAUUUAAAAACUUUAUAUUAAAGUCAUUUGUAAUGUUAUUGUAUAGUUAUUGUGUAGCACAUAUGGUUUGCACUGUAUAGUAGAUUUUAAAGAAAAUAGUCACAAACAAUACAGAAAAGCAUUUUAGAAAUAGCUUCAAAAGCACUUGUGUAUCCUGAUUUUUUUCUUAUAUGCUGUUGCAGAUAUAUGUAUAUGCUAAAAUAUAACUUGCAAAAAAGUUUCAACUAUGCUGUAAAGUUCGCCUUAAAUUUCAAUUUUUUGAACUAUUGGGCUCAGUUUGCACUUUAUAUUUUAGCAGAUACAGUACCUUAGUCAUUAGGCUUUGCAUUUGUAUGUAGCAGUAUGUUUCUGUCCACUUUCUUAAUCUGAAACGUACGUUAAAUGAAGAUGGCAAUUUUUUUCUUGUAUAGUACUUGUAUUUUCUUUCGCUGAUGCAUCUCUGUCUCAAUUUUUAAAACUUUGCUGUUAAAUGCAAUACUUUAUAAGAAUGAACAAAAUUACUGGAAGCAGUAUUGUAAGUAAUGAAGUCAUAUCAAUCAGUUUUAUCUUUUGAAAGGCACAGUCUAAAAUGAAACCCUAAACUCAAUGCUGCAAGUAUGAAUCUAAUUCAUAUAUAAGAUAUAUUUAAAUAUAAGCGUAGCAAUACUGCAACUGGUGAUCACAAAGAUAAUGUUCUACUUCUGAUAGAAAU